UGCAAUCAAGGCAGACAUCCUGAAGAGAGGGGAGGAUUUAUCAAAUCAAAGCGGAAUAAUUUGCAGUUUUUUUACACACACGGUGGAAAACGGGAUUAUAUGUUGCGUCUCUGCAGUUUUUGGACUCCGCUUCCUGCUUCUUCGCCUUGCUGCCCUCCAGGAGCUCUCAUUGUGGCCGGAGCGAGGAUCCCCUCCUUUUGUGUUGCUCUGCAGUUGUUUAUUCACAGUCCAACUUCUGCCUCCGGUUUCCCCAAAUAGGAGGUUUCAUUUCAGUUUUUCUUGUUCUGGCCAAAACGGAAUGAAUGACAAAAACAAAGGAGGUUGAUGUCCAUAACUCUCCGACUCACCUCGUCUUCGCCUCGCCCAAGGAACGGAGACUCCAUCUCCGGCAGAAGAUGGAAAGCGGAGGCGGGACGGAGGGCUCGGACAGCGGGCAGACGCAGCACGCGGUGCCCGCUCAGCAGCAGCAAUCCGCGGGGCUCUCUGCGAUGGUGUCCGCUCAGCCUCCGGGCGAGAAGAAGAAGAUAAACAGAGCCCCGUCCCCGGCCAGACCGAAGGAUGUACCCGGUUGGUCGCUCACUAAGAUUCGCGGAGGGAUUGGGACCCCGACUCUGAGCGUCAAGCCGGGAGCCAUCCACCUGGGCAGCCGUAUUUCCAGGCGCAGCCCCGUGGGGAGUCUUGCUGGAAAGGACGGUAAAGCUGAGAGGAGCGGUGCUGGCAAACCGGCGGGCAAAUCCUCCCUGUCCUCCGCCGCGUUGUCUAAAACAGCCAAGGCGGCCAAGAGCACUGCAGGAAGGAGGAAGGUCUCGGACGCCAGCAUAGGGUCCGACGAUUUAUCUAAGGACUCCGGUUGCACCACCGGGAAGCUCUCCCCGACCGACAGUAGCUCCGAGCUGUCGGACUGCGCCUCUGAGGAAAACAAGCUCUCCACAGACGCUGUGAGCAGCGACGCCGAGUCAAGGAGCAGCCGGGGCGGUGGGCCGGACGGAGACAAGUCGCUCAGGGAUGGCGUGUUGGCGGACAGAGCUAGCCAACAAGCCGCCGCCAAGACCACAUGUUCCUCCGCGGAUAGGGACGACAAAGACCGUCUCUCCAUGGGCGUGGAGACCGGGGAAGGGAGCAUAUCCCCCGGCGAGGAGCGCUCGGUCACCUCGUUUGACAGCAGGGUGCCUGCCAGCACAUCCCUGGCUUUCUCGGACCUCACAGAGGAGUUCAUGGACGGCAUGCACGAGGAGUUUGUCCGGGAAAUAGAAGAGCUCAGAUCUGAAAAUGAUUACCUCAAAGAUGAGAUGGAGGAGUUGAGGUCUGAGAUGCUGGAGAUGAGGGACAUGUACAUGGAAGAUGACGUCUACCAGCUGCAGGAUCUACGGCAACAGCUGGAGCAGGCAAAUAAGACCUGCCGCAUUCUGCAGUACCGGCUGAGGAAGGCAGAGCGACGCUCUCUCCGUGUGGCCCAAACAGGGCAGGUGGAUGGAGAACUGAUACGAACGCUGGAGCAAGACGUCAAAGUGGCGAAGGACGUGUCCAUCCGUCUCCACAGUCAGCUGGACAGUGUGGAAAAGAAGAGGAGUCGUCUGGAGCAGGAGAAUGAGGAGCUGAGGGUCCGACUGCAGGACCUGGAGGUUGCCAAACAGGUCCUCCAGCAGGAGAUUGAUAAGAACUCCCAGAAGAAAAGAGGAGCACGACCCAACAACAAACCUGACAAGAAGCUCUGUCCACAGGAGGACAGUUCAGACCUGAAGUGUCAGCUCCACUUUGCCAAAGAGGAAUCAGCCCUGAUGUGCAAGAAGCUGACUAAGCUGGUGAAAGACAGCGAGGCCAUGAAGGAGGAGCUGGCCAAAUACAGGUCUAUGUAUGGGGACGUCAACGCCUCGCUCACCGUGGAGGAGGUUGCAGACUCCCCCCACACGCGCGAGGCAGAGAUCAGAGUUCACCUGAAGCUGGUGGAGGAGGAAGCCAAUCUGCUGAGUCGACGCAUCGUGGAGCUCGAGGUGGAGAACAGGGGGCUCCGAGCUGAGAUGGACGACAUGAAGGGACCACAAGAUGGUCCUCAGGAGCUUACUGGUGUCGGCGGUGGUCUUGGAGGAGGAGCCAUGGUACUUGGGGGAGGAGCCUCAUCUGAAAACGUCAUGGAGCUCCAGAGACACCUUCAGUUUGUAGAGGAGGAGGCGGAGCUACUGAGGAGGUCUCUCAUCGAGAUGGAGGAACAAAACAAGCUCCUGAUGAAUGAGAUUAACCGCUACAAAUCUGACCUACCGCCACCAGCGACCACGCUGUCGUCCAAUUCACUGGCGUCGCUGACAGACGGGCUGCUUAACGACAGCCCUGUGCACUCCAUACAGGAAGGGGCGGUGCUUAUCAGCACAGACGCCCCAGCCCAGGAGGAGGAGCUCAGACUGGCAAGGCUUCAGAUUGGAGAACUCAACGGGAAAGUGAAGAAGCUGCAGUACGAGAACCGGGUGCUUUUGUCCAACCUGCAGCGCUGCGAUCUGGCCUCCUACAAUUCUCCUUCUGCCUCCUCCUCUUCCUCCUCACUACGACUGGCUCUGGAGACUGACGCCGAGGCUGGAGACUCAGCUGAGUGCCUCCCAAGCCCGCCCCACCGCAAAGAGCCAGUAGGGGGUGAGACGGACGCCCUGGAGAUCAAAGAACGGAAAAAGAAGAUCGAGGACAACGCUGACGCAACAACCACACUCCCUGGGUACCUGGGGCAGAAGGACCAUGAUGCCUUGCUAGCCAUGAGGGACCAGGCCCGCUUGGUUUCCACAGCGAUACAGCUCCUGACCUCCCCUGAGUCAAACUGCCUCUCCUCCCCAUCCAUCUAUCACAAGGUCUGCAGCAACGAGGCAGCGGAGCCGUGUGACCUGGAGAAACCUCAGCCUCACAGCCAGAUUUCGGAGCUGUCCGACCUGGCUGAUCGGCCCCUGGUUGGAGCUCUGACCAGCAGGCUCCAGGCCCUACACACACAGCUACAGGCCUUUGUGGAGCGGGUAGACGGCCUGGGUAAACCCCCAGCAGGUGGGAGGGACCCUCAGGUGGAAGGAGCAUCUCCUCUGGCCUCACCUUGCACCUCCCUCCCCUGCUCUGGAGACGGGCAGAAUGGACCGAACAUUGCCGAGGAGAAGCAGCCUGAUUAUAGGGACCAAUUCGAGUCGGAGGUUAAAGGUCAAACUGAGGAGAACAGCCAAUCAGACAGCGAAGUGACGCUAAAGCAGGAAGACAGCCAGCUGGAACAGGGAGAGAAGGAGGCAGAUGAUGCACUGCCUGUCCAGCUCAGUGACCUUCAGGUUCGGCUGUCCGGAGCGGAGGACUCGGCUCUCGGAACUCAGGGGGAGCUGGAGAAGGAGAGACACACUCAGAGAGAAAUCACUCUCAAACUCACACAGCUUCAGGAGGAGCACCAAAAGGCUCUGCUCCGUCGGGAAUUCCAGCUGCAGAGUUUAGGCCUCCAAGCUCGCCUUCAGCAGAAGUUAUGGGGCCAGGAGAGGACUCUGCUGGUCCAGGAGUCUCAGCACCUCAAACAAGCCCUGUUACUGCUCAGCCUCAAAUUGCGCUGCUUCCUCAAACAGUGGAGGCUGGGCUGCAGAAAGGACACAGAGUGGAAAGACAUCUUGGAGAUGAACAGUCUGAAGGACCUCUACCUGCUGCUGGAGGAGGAGAACUUGACAAGCCCCGCCCACCAGACUGACAAGAGAGCUGCCGCAGACGAACAACCCCUCAGCCCGACUAUCAAGUCCAGCGCCGUGAGCAGCACCUUGGCAGACCUGAAGGUGGCGCUGCAGGAUCUGAGUGCAGAGUUACGACAGGAGAGACAAGGCUCCCAAGAACUUACCCAGCAGUUCGCAAAGGCCAAGGCGUCAUGGGAGGUGGAGAGAACUGAAUUAAAGAGCCUCAUCACUCAGCUUGAGAUGAAAGCAGGAAAAGCAGCAGCUCUGUCCGCCACUGAUGCACCCGAUCCUCCGGACCUUAAGGUGGCGCUGAAGAGGGAGCGUGAAGAACAUCAACACCUGCUGGCUGAAUCCUACGCGGCUGUGAUGGAUCUAACAAAACAGCUGCAGAUCGGAGAGAGGAACUGGGGCAGAGAGAAGCUGGAGCUGCUGGAGAGGUUCAGCCAGGAGAGAGCUCAGUGGGAGCAGAGACUGGGAGAGGCCACUGCACAACAGGGGAAGUCAAAGUCAUUCGUCGGUGAGUCCUCUGCAGACACAGUCGUCACUAAUGGAACAGGAUCUCCAAGAACCAAAUCCACAUCCGAGCUGGACAGCCCAGCAGUCAACGGAGCAGCCAAUCAGGAGGAAAGGAUCCAGUGUGCAGUCCCAGGGCUGGGUCACCUCACCAGGAAGAAUUGGACCAACCUAACUAAUGAGAUUCCACAGGUUGGGGACACCUGUAAAACCUGGGACGGCCCCAGUGGCUCCUGCAGCAGCUCAGUGGCUUCAGAGCUGGAUUUGGAUUCAGUCCAGAGGAGCUACACAGCUCCAGACCGCACCGGCAUCCGGAUCUACUACAGCCCUCCUGCUGCACGACGCAUGGAGCAACAAAGAAGAAGCCAGGAGGCCAAAGAGCAACAGCAGGCCCAGAAUGGGAGCUCGUCCCUGGGACUGAGUGGCUCAGACGUGGGCGUGGCUGCAGUGGAAACCGUUGAGGUUCAGCAGCAACAACCUGCAUCCUCCUUUUCUUCCUCGUACGAGCAGUGGCUGAGCUCGCUGUCCACGCAGCACAGGGAGCUGCUGGAGAGCAGAAGCGGCUGUAUCACUGGUUCCAUCCCCAGUGUCACUAACAACGGUGUUGGUAGUUCGGUUGAUGGGAUGUCGUCCUCGUCAGCUUUCCACGGCCUGGAGAUCGGGGAGAUUUCAGCCAACUUAAGUGAUGACAUGAAGGAAAUGACCAACUGUGUCCGCCAGGCCAUACGCUCUUCCUCUUUAGAGAGAAAAUCCACCAAGGAACCUGGGAAUCAGACGGUGGGCAUGUCCACCAGGUCCACACAGACUGCUCUGCAGUAUGUCAGCAUCGGGCUGCAAACCGACCACCUUCCCAGCAGCAGGGGGACGGGGUUACACUCCAAAGCUUGGUCCCCUCGCCCCUCGUCAGCAACCACGUCUUCUCUGGCAUCAGCCAGAACCCGGCAGAUAUCAACAUCCCUGGAUAAAGUUCACAGCCGCAUCGAGAGGCCGUGCUGUUCACCCAAGUAUGGAUCCCCGAAACUACAACGUCGAGUGUCUUCUGGCUCCACCUCCAGACUGGACGGUAGUUCCUCCUCCAGGGACCGGAGCCUGUGGAGCCUCCAGCAAAGAUCCAUCAGUGGAGGAGGAGGCUCAGCUUGGGCCCGCUCCACCACCACCAGGGACAGCCCUGUCCUGAGCGGCCUCACCGACGGCCUCUCCAGCCUCUUCAGCGUGGUGGAACACUCUGGAAGCACGGAGUCGCUCUGGAGGGGUGAUGGAGGGGCCAGCCAGGGUGCCAGUCCUGCACGUCAGCCUCCUGCUGCAGGGAAACCCUCUGGUGCUGCAGCGUGUGGCUCUGACCCCGGCUCUCAGCGGUACGGGGGCCUGGUCCAGGAGUUCAUCAGGAAUGUCUGCAGCAGCCGUGCACAGGGAGGAGUCACCCUGCCUGGGGAGAGAGCGCAAAGAGACUCCCAUGGCAGCCUCGGGGGUCUGGGUGUCUUGGGCAGUUUUGGCGGUGUGGAUGAGCCGAAGCCAGAGUGCGUAUCAGCUGCGGUUGGAGGCCUGGGAGCUCUGGCUGGAAGCAAUGACAAUGUGACCAGGAUCGUCAAUAAGAGAUUUAUGAGACAGACAGCUGGGGAGGAGAUGGUCAGUAUCAUGGGAGGAGGGAAAGAAACAACGACCAACCCAGGAGCUGCAGGAUCUGGAACAGAGGAUGCACCCUGUGACUGUGCUGCCCAGUCCUCCUGCCUCACCCGACCAUCAAGAGCAGCAACCCGCCAUUCGCCCGGCCAGUGCAAGCACCGCCCACAAGAGCCCCCGGUGGCAACCGAGGAGAAGGGGGACACCUGCAAUGAGUGACGACACAUUUACUGCCACAUUCAGAGACACGCGACACACACAAGCAAUACUGAUUCUUCACAAACACUGAACACCACUGCCAUGAAAACACACUUUCUCACACUUCUCCCAUGAGCAAAUGUACAAACACACCUACAACCUGCCACACAGGUGCACUGCCAAAUAUAACACACACCAUUAGCACACUGCACAGACUGCCCCACAAACCCACUGCCACACACACAAACACAUUCAUAAAUACACACACACACACCUGGGCAAUAUUCAGCUUAUUUUGGACUGUACCAUUCUGAUGCCAAGGACAGGUAGGACUGAAACUCAGCAACAGAUCCAACCAUCACAAAAACUACCAGCAGUACAGAAAACGCAAUCUGACACACUAAACAACAACAACUCAUUGAACUGAAAAGUCUAACAAGUCAAACCAUGAUGUCAGGACUGGAUCUACUAAACCUCUCCUCCCCCUCAAUUUACAGAAUAACAGGUACUACAAAUGUCCACUUUUGGACUGAGAAUCCACCUUGAUGAUGUUACCUUGCCACCAUGCUGUUGGACCAGCAGCCAUGUUGGAUUUGCAGAUGAACAAGGAGAAAGAACGGACGUCCUCCCAGUUUGAAUUCACAUAUAAAAGUGCAUGUGUUACUUUGUGAGCUACAGUAUAAACCUGGAGAGGAGACAUCCGUCACAGCUGGAAGGAUCUUCCAAAUUGUGAUAGAAACUCUGAAACCAUCAGUCUCAGAAGAGUAAUCUGGCGGAAAGCUCAGAUGAUUUAUUCCUGAACCUCAUCAUAAACAUGUUGUGCUGGGAAAUGCAAUUACGCCUUUUUGAUUGAUUAGCACAAAAACAUUCCAGCGAGAGUCACCAACAUGGAUCUGAAAUUGUCCACUUUUUUUGAUGACACACCUGCGUCAGCUGCAGACUAGCAUUCAAUGUUUCUCCUUAUACAGUCGAUCUCAAAAGGAAAAACUCAAGGACCAUUGGACUACAAAUCCCACUUUGACCAGAUUUAGAUUCCACUAAUGGAUGUUUGGAGGUUACAACUCCAUAAAUGAGACCAUUCAACUGAUUCGAGUGGACCUCCUAUCAUCGUUGCUUAGUAGCAAACCUAAACAACAAAAAAAAGCCCCUGUCCACUGUGUUCCCAGGACUUAAGCCACAAAUACGGGGACAUUUUGUGGCAUUGUAGCCAUGACUCAAAAAACUACUACAAACAUGUUGCCCUCCGAAGUCUGAUUGAAAAAAAAAAAAAAAAUACUGUUUUGGUUUCAACCUGUCAAAACAGGCAGAAAGUGCCUGUUCCUUUCAUAUUUUUUAGAUAUUCCUUCACAGAUGUCAAGCUUCAUUUCUAAUCCUUUGAUGAAGUUGGUUACGCGGAUUGAUUUCCGAUCGGUUAACCUAAAACCCCAUCUGCAAAUUUCAGUUGGCAUUGAACAGAGAUGCACUGAUAUCACUUUUUUUAAGUGCUUAUUUUACCAGUUGCUCAGAGUGCCUCAACAACUAGUUUGGGGUCAUGCUACAGAAGCCCAAACCAAGACAUAGAGAAAAAGUAUGAUAAUUAAGUUGGUUUACACUGAAUUUUGUGUCACGUGACUUUGUAAAUCUGAUUUUCAUGAUUAAAUGUUUUCCUAACAGUAAUGAAAUUUACCUGAUAUCCAUCAGCUUUAUCAGUGCAUCCCUACUCUCUAUGCAUCAUGGGAUUAGAUAUGAUGUGUGUCCUAACUCAAAAUCUACCAUCGUCCAGAAACGCUCAGUAUUUCGAAACCAUGUCCAAGGAGAAUUCAGUCAAUGCAUUCCUUUUAUUAGGGAGUCUUUCCAAAAUGUGUUGUGUUUGUAAUGUGUGUUUAACCAUUUCAUUCUCAGCGUUCUGGUGUACCAGUGUAGGUUUAAGGCAGAGGAUAGUUAAAAAUACAACCUCUACGCUCCUCUCACGCGCGCAACUGUCCUCAUGUCAUAGUACCACACGGAUGGCAUAGCUACUGUACGAAAUCUAUCAGCAUUUUGAAAAUGUAGCAUUAUAAGGUAAUCUUGGCAAACAGCAAGCUAAGAGCUGUGACAGGUCCAUCUGCAGUCAGAGUAGUUACGCACUGACAGCUUUUACUUUUUAAGAAAUACAUUCUUUUUUUUAACUUAUUUAAUGUAAUAUUUUCAGAUGAAAGAUGUAUAUUCCUUUCUACCUACAUGGCCCUCAGAUCCAACAAUAUAAACUGUCUUUAAGUAGAAUGUCUGCACGCUUGAGAGACAUAUUUGAGAAAGAAGUAAAUGGUUGUAAAAAAAAAUGAUAGAUGGGAACUCACCCAAAUGGUCUUAUGGGUGAACUGAAAAUACAAAAUAAUGUAAACUAAAAACAAUCAUAGAUGAAAGGGAUUUCACUCUAUUUCGUUCUCCUGUCCCUUUGUUUGCCAUGCUCUUCUCUUUUUAAUCAAUCAACAGAUAUUCAAAGUGCCUGUCAGUUUACCUAUUAGUCAGCUCACACCAAAACUGGACUCCAUAUAUAAAACACACCAACAAGCCCAGCAGGCCUUUUUUUAAAAAAAAAAAAUGGGUAAAAAUUGUUUUUACGCACAUAAUUGUGAUCAGGCUGUAUUAAAGCUACAAUAAAGUACUGUACCACAGUGGAGGGACGACAGGAUGGUUUACAGGUAUAGGAGGAUAUAUUAACUUUUUUUAUACCAAGGGUUAUUUUAUCUCUGGAAAGUAAAUUAUUUUUGUUUCAUUUAUUUUAUAUGGAUGUUUUUUGCUGAUAUAUUAGCCUGUUUCUAUUCUUUCUAUUUAGUUAUCAUGGUGCUACUUAGUGUAAAGUCUGCUGUGAGCUGACCAUCCAUUUCGAUAUGUCUCUGUUUGUGUAUGAGCUGCAGAGUGUUUCUCCAUCUCUGCGCACCGCUUCAUGAGUCAGCAGUUUAAAACAGGGCAUUACAGUAACAGUGUACGUAUUUAAAUGACACAGUGAAGAAAACCCACAGUCUAAAUGCUGCUUGUUUGUCUCCGCUCCAGCCCUCACUGCUGGUAGAAAACCAACCGUCUGAAACCAGUCACCGCUUCAAAAGCGACUUGCCACAGGAAAAGACUGAUUUUUUAACCACAAUUAUACAACAGGUAGUUUUAGCUAAGCAGUCUGACGAAAUCAUAGAACUUCAUGAAAAUCCUUCCAAGUGUCCUGAAAAGCAGAGCUAAUAACGUUGGGUAAACAUUCAUUCCUCUCUACAUUCCUUCAUUUUACCUUAGAAAGCUUUGUAGUUAAUUCAGAAAAUUAAACACACAUCUGGUGUAGCUGUUGAAGAGAAUGACUUUGAUGAUAAGACAUCAUGUGUUGACAACAUGAAUGACAACAGAAAGGGCAGACAUGGCAGAAACACAGUAAGACAUAGCUCACUAACAAGCUGACUGGUUCACUGAGCAAAACUGCUACAGUCUGUAAGAACUAGCUUUUCCUUACUUGGAAAAAUAAAUCACUUUUUGGAAA